CUUGGAAAUUAGUAUUGUUCAGGACUUUAUUUGUUGCUACUAAAAUUAAAAAUGUAAGUUUAUUUUUCGCAAUUUUUAUUCGUUUAUUUCUGACGGAGACUUCUCGGCUUUCUUCGUUAAAUCAUUCACAUUAAUUAGCGAAAAAAUCCUCAAAGUAAUUUAAAUGAUUAAAUCGAAACGCCGUGUACCUAAUAUCUUCCCGAAACUCAGCCCUUUCCUCUCUCUCUCUCCAUCUCCCUCAUGCCACAUUCUUCUCGAUCCCUCUCUCUCUUCUCUCUGUUCCUCUAGUCCAUCGGUUUAACUUCUCUCUGAUUCUCCUUCGUCUUUGACUUUUUUUUUGACAUCGUAGUCGCUUUCCCCUUCCAUCGAUUUAGGGUUUCCGCUUCCUCCUUCCAGUUUUUUCUCGCCUUUCUUUUUUCCUUUCGGUUUUUGAUUUCCUUUUUUUCUUUGGCUGCCCUCCUUGCUAAUUCCCGUGACGACUCGCUCUUUCCUAGCUCUGAGGUUUCGAAUUUAUCUUGGUCAGGGCGUCUGAUCCGAUCUCCCUCGAAUUGGUGUGAAGCGAGCGGUUAUAUAUGGGUUUCUGCUGCCUUUCGGCUUGGAUCGCUUAGGAUUGUUCAAUUGCGUGAUGAUGGUGGGUACUCAACGUGUAGAUGGCUCGUUGCCGCCGCUGAAUUCCCCUAAAAGCUAUGGAAUUACCAAGCCGCUCUCCAUUGCUGGGCCUUCCGCGGCGGAUACCAAGCGUAAUCUGGAGCUGGAGAAGUACUUGGUUGACGAGGGACUCUACGAGAGCAAUGAGGAUACCAUGCGAAGAGAGGAAGUUCUGGGGCGCAUUGAUCAGAUCGUAAAACACUGGGUGAAGCAGUUAACGCAGCAAAGGGGCUAUACGGAUCAAAUGGUAGAGGAUGCAAAUGCUGUCAUUUUCACCUUUGGAUCUUACCGACUUGGAGUGCAUGGGCCUGGUGCUGACAUUGAUACUUUGUGUGUUGGGCCAUCUUACGUUAACCGGGAGGAGGAUUUCUUCAUCACCUUACAUGAUAUAUUGGCUGAGAUGGAAGAAGUGACUGAACUUCAACCUGUUCCCGACGCCCACGUUCCGGUCAUGAAAUUUAAGUUUCAAGGAAUACCGAUUGAUCUUCUCUAUGCUAGCAUAUCACUUUUAGUUGUGCCACAGGAUCUGGAUAUCUCCAACUCUACUGUGCUGUGUGAUGUUGAUGAACCAACCGUUCGGAGUCUUAAUGGUUGUAGAGUUGCUGAUCAGAUUCUUAAGCUCGUUCCCAAUUUUGAGGAGAUUGAAUUAAAUAAACAGCACUGGAGCUCUUUAUUUGAACAAUAUAUGUUCUUCGAGGCGUAUAAAAACUACCUGCAGGUUGAUAUAGUAGCCGCAGAUGCAGAGGAUUUAUUGGCUUGGAAGGGUUGGGUGGAGUCACGGUUCAGGCAGCUGACCUUAAAGAGGGCAGAGGGAGUUGGUGGUCAAGAAUGUCAACAGUUUGAUAUACGUGGUACUGUCGAUGAGUUCAGACAAGAGGUAAACAUGUAUAUGUUCUGGAAACCUGGGAUGGAUGUGUUUGUUUCUCAUGUUCGUAGACGACAGCUUCCACCUUUCGUUUUCCCAAAUGGAUACAGAAGGCCUCGGCCGUCCAGGCACCAAAAUCAACAGGGUGGAAAAUCUGGUGAAGAUGGCACUGUUUCUCAUUCCAGCUCUGUGGUGGAGAGGCAUGCUAAGAGAAAGAAUGAUAAUGGAAUGAUGGAUACGAGGUCAGAGAAACCUGAGAAGCGCGCAUCUCUUAGUCCACAGAGUCUGGAUAUUGUCUCUCCUGAAAGUAGUGCUAUUACUACUGGUUGGACCCCUCCUGUUUGUAACCUUAGUUUGCCACCUGGUGAGGAAAUGGAGGCCGAAAUUUUGAACACUGAGAGUACUGAACUCACAAACUUUGGUCGAGGUGAGUGCAACUCUGGCAGCGAGCAAACUCUGGAAGUAGAUAGUAUGGCUCUUGCUCAAGAAUGCUCUGAUCCGGCGGAGGCUUUGGGAAACUGUGUGACACCUGAUUCUAGUCAUGUGGUAGCAUGUGAAAGUGGGCAGGAAGAAAAUUUAGAUCGUGAUUUGAGGUCUGUGUCGAUCAGUGUUGUCAAUGAAGUUAAGAGGGAAGUAAAGUCAUUUAGUGGGACGAGGACAAGUGGAGAAAUUGCUGAUGGUGUUCAGCUGAGCAGAUCUUGCAGGCAGAACCGUGAUUGUGAGGGUUUGGGGUUUCCUGCUACAAAUUCAGAUCAUUUUGUGGGAACGGAAAAAUUGUACUCUCAAAGUGGCAUGCCUGAAGACCUUCAGUCAACCUCUUUGGUGAGCGGGAUGGAGAAAGCAGAAGACAGAGCUAGGUCAGAAUCUUUGCAGAAGUCACAGAUAAGGCAAAUAAUGAUUUCUUUAUGUUACUCUGUUUUUUUUUUUUUGUUUCUUGGCGCUUUUAUAGCAGUAGCAGGUUAAGCUUAAAGUCCACUGUGUGAACGUCCUCUAGGCUAUUGACGUGAUAACAAGACUCAUCAAGAAAACAAGAAGAUCUACUCAACUUGUUGCGGUGGACAGACGGUAGAGUCCAAAACCUUUGGUAAGUUUUUAUAUGGAAACAAAAAAAAAAAAAAAAAAAAAAAGUAAAAAAUGACAUUUGAAAAGUAAAAAAAAAAGUAAAGGAAAAAAAAAAAGAGAAGAGAUUAGGAGGAACGUCGGAAGGAUUUGUUUUGGUGGUAGUAUUUCGAGUGAAGCUUGGAAAGCCCAAUAUUUGCGUCAGGAGGUGGGACUAUGAUCAUCACUCAUGACGACAUAUGGAGAAAGGAAGUGAUUUAUUUAAGGGUGUGUAGAAUGCUGAACGUUUUAUUAUUUAUUAUUCGGCUGCUUCAGACACUUCUUAUUAAUACUUUCGAUGUUUGGUCCUCUUGGGGGUUUGACUUGGAUCGUUUUUUUUUGUUUUUUCCCUGUUUAUGUAUAUAAGAAUUUAUGCCAUCUUGUAUCUCUGGUUUGAGGUUUUGCCGUUUAUACUUGGUUUCAAUAUGAUUAAGAUGAGCAUUAGUACAAUGAAAGUAAUAAAGGUUAAAAAAGAUAAGUUUUUAUGAUCUACCAAA